AUGGCGCAACAGCGUUCGCCCUCGCCAGAUUCCAACGGGGAUGAUGAAAAUGCGGAAUUAUUUUCAGCAAUCCUAUCGACAGUUGACAUGGAACAGCUGCCUAUUAUUGGCAGCACCAUAUUACGGGAACAGAAAUUGCAGGCUACAAAAACGACGCCCUCUGUUGGCAAGCCUAUAUAUGGCUCCUACCAUGUGCUCUUCCCGCUGAUAUUCGAUGAUGACCUUCGCUGGCUGGUAAAGAUACCUAUCAAUGGCACGGCAAGCAAUUGGGAUGAAUUGUCUGCAUCAUCCCUAGCCUCCGAGGCAAAGACGAUGCGCCUCCUGAAACGAGACACCACCAUUCCUCUGCCUGAUGUCUUAGAUUUCUCGUCCACUACGGAGAAUACUCUCCGAUGUCCGUAUAUCGUUAUGUCUUUUAUAUCCGGAAUCCCUUUAUAUAACGUCUGGUUUGGACAUCGCCUCAAUGGUGUGAAUCCUGAUACCACACACGCACGCCGAAACCGCGCCCUCCAAGGUAUCGCUUCGGCCAUGGCGCAGCUGGACAAGUUUUCAUUCCAAAGCGGUGGCUGCCCUCUCUUUGGGAGUGAUGGGAACUUGUCAGGAGUCGGGCCGAUGCGACAAGUCGACCAGCAGGCUAUGCUAGAUAGAUGGUUUAUCCAUCAAGAUCCGAGCGAUGACCCCAUAUAUACUGAAUUCCCGACAUCCAGCGACCCUAAGGCAUAUUGCACUUUCAUGCUCGACAAGCAUCCGGAACAGGACCCCAUUCCCAAGGGCAUUGAGAUGCUCCUGCGCCAACUGAUUCGCUGGAUCCCCGAGCCCAGUGGAAUGGAUCCUUUCGUUUUGGCCCACCCGGAUUUCGACAUACAGAAUUUUAUCGUAUCCGAAGAUGGGGAGCUCCGAGGAAUUAUAGACUGGGAUGCUAUGUAUGGAUAUGUUGAAUCUGUGGAAGAUGGAGUGGAACCGGAAGGGGUUUGGGAAGAUUCGCCGGAGUGCCUUGCGUCCUACCGCGGCGUUUAUAGUACCAUGAUAGCAAAUCAUCGUAGGGGCACGGCCUUAGAUACCAAACUCGACCUCUGCCGUAUAUCACUCAUCACGGAAAAUUUAGCUAUUGCGGCGCAAGAUCCUCGGUGUCGGAACCCUGUACUACGCAAGAUGUUGGACGAAAUAUGGGCUGCCGCAGGACGAGAUGAGGAGAAGCCGGAUUUAACGAGCCUGGCCGAGACGUUUGCCGAAGAUAAGGUGGAAAGCGUGGUGAUGGAUAUACUUAAAACGGGGUUUAACACUCUGAUAUCGAAGGAAGGCCUAUGA